AUGGACGAAAAGGGAGCAACGACAACUGCAUCCAAACCAGCUGCUGCCAGCCUCUCGACUGCGCAAUCUCGCGUCUCCGAAUCCAAGGGCGCUGCAAUUGCCACGACACGCCCAUUGUACAGCAGCAAACUCGGCGAUACAAGAUCCAAAGCACCCACGCCGCAGCAGAAGGCGUGGACGACUGCCAACCCCAAGAUCACGGGUCGUUCGAAUAGUCCUCAACAGCAGAACCAAUCCAACUCGGUGGCCAACAAGCCAGUAUUGGUCAACUUCUUCAAUCGCGUGAGAGAGGGCAAUCGAGUCCAGAUCACUCUCGACAACGGCGCCGAGUUCGAGGGCAUAUAUGCCAACAGCCCAACGAACCCAUCCAGCUGCCAUUUGAAGAUGGUUCAGCAGAAGAAGGCCGGCUCUGCUGACGCGAUGAACGGCUCGACUAAGAGACAGCAGAACAAUAUGUCUUUUGCACGGGGCAACAUCGCGGACGCUCGCGUCCUAGGUGGAAACCAGAACAGUCGCAAUGGCAACAGGGCAGGCUUCCAAACAGAUAGCAGUAUCUCUGGCGAGCGUUUCGGCGGGCAGCGCGAGCUCAAAAGGUGGGUCGCCGAUGCCCCUGGCGACGUAGAUGGCAGUUUGGAGAAACCCACAGACAACAAGCCUUGGGAUCAAUUCGCAGCCAACGAGGAGAAGUUCGGCCUAAAGACAGACUACGACGAGAACAUCUACACAACACAGAUUGAUCGAAGCCACCCGAGCUACAAGGCGAGGAUGGCCAAAGCUGACCAGCUCGCUCGCGAGAUCGAGCGCAGCAACCCGGUCUCAUCUCACGUGGCCGAGGAGCGUGUGAUGGAUUACGUCGGACCUGCCGACGGCGGUGUAGACGAAGAAGACAAAUACAGCGGAGUCAAGCGGCCAGACUUCCCUCCUCUCGGCAACCAGAACCCGAACAAGUACACGCCCCCGGCGCGUCGCGCACCAACUGCUCAGUCAACCGUGAAGGGAGCACCGGUCGACCCUGCAAUCAUCUCGUCGCAGCUGAGAAGCGGUCCGAGCAAGCAACCUACUCCCAAGCCUGAUGAAUCGAAGGUGGCUCCCCCAAGCUCGUCCAAGACUCCUGCUACCCAGAACAGCGAGUCAAAGGCUGCCGAAGCUAAGAGUGAGGUCAAGACCGAGGCGAUCAAGGAUGACAACAAGCCGAAGGAAACGGAGAAGGGCCAGUCUGAGUCGAAGCCCGCUGAGAAGCCUGCUUCGACCUUGCGACCUGCCGCAGCUGCCGCACGUACAACCUCGCCCGCAGCCAAGGAGAACACCAAGCCGACGUCCACUACAAUAGAGCAGACUGUCCUCAGCUCUUUCAAGAAUUUUGCAAGCAAAGAGCGACAGGUUGCAGAGAAGGCGCGCAGCACCAAGGCGAAGGCAGACAAGGAAGUCAAGUUGAUCGAGCUGAAGAAAUUCGCCGACAGCUUCAAGCUGGGCACACCCGUUCCCAAUGACUUAAUCGGGAUCAUUGCCAAAGAUCCAAAGAAACAACAGGAGAUCCAGGCCAAGGCCCUCAAGAAUGCUGAGGAAUCGCGCAAGGCCAAGGAAGACGCGAAGAAAGACCCUGUUGCUACGAAAGAGAAGGAAGUCACCACCACCAAACCAGGGCAAUCGAAGCCAGCUGCAGAUCAAGCUACCGCAACCACGGCCAGUACGCCGGCCGCCGCCGCCGCCAGCGGUGCUGCCCGCCCCGGUGUUGCACCGCAACAUGCGAACUCUGCUGCAGGGCCGAACCGGCACCCUGGUAACCGGCAGUCUUACGCCCCAGGAUCAUAUCCACAGCAAUUCCGCGGCGAUCGCUCAUCCGGCCAGAACGUGCCUCGUCAACAUCAGCAGGCUGGCCACCUAUCCCAACGUCUUCGCAGCGCGGAGCAACAAAGGAUGUCGCAGCCACCUCCCCACAUGCAGCCAGACAUGCGCAUGCCCCCGACAGGCCCCGCGAACAGCAUGAACCCUUCAUUCCCUCCACGUCACACUGGCCUGCCGCCGAACCACAUGGGCCCUGGUCCAAGGCUGAAUCCCAAUACGCAGGAGUUCAGACCGAACGCACAGCCAUUCUAUCCCACAGGCCCUAGCGCGGCCUCUAGUCCGCGCUCUGCUCUGAACAAUGUCGAGGGGCAGGGCAGCUCCACGCCAGUCACCGGCCCAGUGGUCAAGCGCAAGGUGAAGCCAAUCGAUUUUAAGAAGUGCUUCGCGCUCAGUCACGUGCAGUCUUUCAAGCAGGGUUCAACAGGCGGCCGCGCAUGGGAGGAGAAUGGAGGGUUGCGGCCCGCAUUCGACACUCCGCCUACAUGGCAUAACGUGUCGGAUGGAGACGACAAGCAGGAAAAGAUCAGCUACAAGCAGCUGUUCGAACGCCCGCCGCCCUACGCUGGUGCCAUGCCCACUCCAAACCCUGCUCCAGUGGCACCUCAGAUGCCACACCAGCAUCAGCUCCCAUUCCACCUCCAGCAGGGGGCGCACAACGUCGGACCUCGACAGUCACCGCACAUGCCACCUCUGCAAAUGCAUGCCGGUCAGCCGGUGCAUGCGCCUCAUAUGCCGUUCAACAAUGGUGAGGACGCCAAUAGGAUGAUGCCUUCAAGUUCGGCACAGUCAUAUGCGUCGCCUAGGCCAGGGCAAGUCCCAAUGGCUUACCCUAAUAACAUGAACUCUCCAGCCCACUUGGGUUAUUCGCAACCCGUCAUGCCCGGGUUCGUAAAUCCGGGUGCUCCGCAGAUGACGCCGCAAAUGCGGAACUUUGCGCAGAACCCACAGUACAUGCCCCAACAACACGCCCAGAUGGGGGGGCCCAUGAUGAUGGGUCCUCAGUACAUGACUGCACCUUCUCCCCUCAUGCAAGGCGGCCCUCAGAUGCCGAUGUACGCACCGGGUGGUCACCCACAGUUCAUGCCCCCCGGACCAGUGCCUCCCCCGGCAAUGCCUGGCUCUAAUGGAUAUCCAAGCCCCGGACGGCCAGCUGCGCCGAUGAUGGCUCAUCAAGGGUCUCAGCAAGGCCAACACAUGUACGGCAUGAGCCCCGGCACGAUGCCUCCAUACCAACAGCCCGUCUUCGCACCGCAGCAGCCCGGCCAAAUGGGCAACGUGAGAGUACAUAGCAACCCUGGACCGCAGCAGCUCGGAAGCAGUCCUCAACAAAUUCACCACUUUGGGCCUCAGCAACACCGAGGCAAUGGCUAUGGUGGUAAGAAUUUCACCGGCCCCCAUCAAGGACCAGCAACGAGUCAUAGUGGCCCUGCGCUUCCCCAGGCCCGGACCCCUGAGACGCAAGAGGCAGCUAAAUGA